AUGCAAACCGCUCUUCAUCAUGCAGCACGUUAUAAUAGUAAAGAAACAGCCACACUCCUAAUUUCACAUGGUGCAAAUAUCAAUGAAAAAGAUAAAGUUGGAAAAACCGCUUUCCAUAUUGCAAAAUCUCAAAAUCAUAAAGAAAUGCUUACACUUCUUAUUUCACAUGGUUCAUAUAUCAAUUAA